GCAAUGCCUGCCCACUAUUCGAAGAAAUGCCUAAAUGAUUUAUUAAAUGCCAUUGUCAGACAUGGCACAACACUACCAUCUAUGCCAACGAGACCUCAAUUUCCCACCCAAUCCCUUUAAUUUUCUCUAUAUAAUCCCAUCUCUUCCGCUUUCCUCUCCUUCGACGAACCCUUCAGUUUCUUCUUCCUCUCCCAAACCCACACCCACCCCACCAAGGUCAAAGCCAUCGUACGUACACAUAAUUAAGGACUAAAAUAUUCAAAGCCAUCAGCGGUGAUGGGCAUCUGCAACUCCUGCGAGUCCACCUCAGUCGCCACCGCCAAGCUCAUUCUACAGGACGGAAGAUUGCAGGAGUUCCAAUACCCAGUGAAGGUCUCCUACGUUUUGCAGACAGACCCCACCUGUUUUAUCUGUAACUCCGACGAGAUGGACUUCGGGGAUGUCGUCGCGGCCAUCAGCGCAGACGAGGAGCUCCAGCCGGGCCAGCUCUACUUUGCGCUGCCCUUGAGCAAGUUGAAGCGCCCUCUUCAGGCUGAGGACAUGGCCGCAUUGGCCGUGAAAGCCAGCUCCGCGCUCACCAAGAGCGGCGUCGGCUGCGGCGAGAAAUGCAAGUGCGGCCGGAAGACGGUUGCGCCGAUUGUUCCGGCGGCGUUUCCCGGUGAUAAGGAGGGUAAGUCGCCACGGAGAAGGGAGAGGAGAAGUGGGGGUAGCGGCGGUAGAAGGAGCUUCACGGCGAUGUUGAGUGCGAUACCGGAGUAGGGGAGGGGCAGUUUGGGGAUUAACGGAGGAAAUUAAGGGUGGUCUUGCCCACAUCUGGUGUAAAUAUUGGCAGUAACCGAAUUGGAUUUGGGGCGGGGGCAGUGGGGUUUGAGUCUUGACUGGGUAUUCUGGUCGUUGGUAGAGCUGUGAUUACGGAAUUUUCUCUCUUAUUAAUUUUAAUUAUCUGUCAACCAUUUAAGGGUCUUGUUACAAUUUUACCCCUAAAUGGUCUGAUCUUAUUAAUAACCACAUUUCCAUCAUUUUGUCACCAUUGACAUUGCAUUAUUGCAGAGGAAGACGUUAUCUGAGCGUUAUCUCAA